AUUCAAAUAACACUCUCCGCUCUAUACUCGCCACUGCACUACCCGUUCUCCACCAAAGAAAGCCCCUGACACGGACUGCCAUAUUUUCUUUCCUCAAGAACCCACCAUUAAUGAUCUUGUAGAAGAAUUAAACAAGCCCUUCUCUCUCUCUCCCAGCUCAACAAUGGAACCUCAAACCCCAAUCCGUCACGUUCACUGUGAGCUUUAAACUUGCAAAUGAUUUGUCUUGUUGAUAAUAGACUUAAGAGCACCUCCUGCCGAAAUUAAUAUACCGCAGUUUAUUUAUUAGGAUGAUCAUGAAGUUUCAAUUUUUUAUCUUUCAAUCAAGCUUGGCUUCUAAUUUUGCUCCUGUUACCUUUUCUCAGGAAACCCAUUAAGGAUAUUACCCAAAGCUUAAAAGCUGUAAACCAAAGCUUGAUAUUUUCAAGUGGAAGGUUUCAGUCAACCUGACCCCAACACAUAGCGUUUUGGAGUUUCUAAGGUCGCAAAAGUUGGAGCUCUAAUGGUAAGUUUGACUGCAAUGGGGAAAGAGAACCAGCCCGAAAGUCGACUAAAAACGUCUAAUUUAUCCGAUCAAAACCAGGCUACGAAGGGUGCUGUUAAUCAUGUGAAAAGAAACGGUAAUAUUUCAAAGGCGAAGUCUUCAUGGGGCUCUCAGAUUGUGAAGGGGCUGUCGGGGGAGAAGAAAGCAAAGGUGGAAAUAACAGUUCAGAGCAAAAAAACACCACUGGCGAACUCUGAUAGCAACUCCCAAUCAAGGGCGAAGAGAUCUCUGAUGGGAGAUGUGUCAUGUUCGGUGACUGCCACUCAGGUUCACCCACAGACAUCUGUGGUUGGUCAGAGAGCUAAAGCUUCGGGCUCUCGGGACUUGUUCUUGGAAAUAGAUCACCUUAGGAGCCUUCUCCAGGAGUCAAAGGAAAGCAAGAUGAAGCUUGAUGAGGAGUUCAAGUUGAAGAGAAGCGAAAUUGAUGGACUUGUGAAGAGGUUGGAGGAACUGGAAUAUGAUAAGGCCAAUCUUUCUGAGGAGUUGUUGAAGAGGAAUAGUAGCAAAGAUUUGAAUGGGUUAGAGAUGGAGGUGGUUGAGUUGAGGCGCUUGAACAAGGAGCUUCAGCUUCAAAAGAGAGAUCUUUCUUGCAGGCUUUCUCAUAUUGAGACCAAACUAGCAUCCCCAGCCAGAGUUUCUGAGGAGAAUGAUGUUGAUAAGAUCAAAGCAGAGGCCUCAUUGUUAAGACACAGGAACGAAUCGCUUUGCAAACAAGUAGAGAGUCUGCAGUUGAGUCGUUUAAAUGAAGUUGAGGAGCUUGCCUACUUGAGAUGGGAGAACUCAUGUUUAAGAGAUGAGCUGCGUGAUAAGCCUCCUUCUAGUCCUGAAUAUAGUGACAAAAGCAGGGAAUCUACUUCUGUCUCAUGUUAUCAAAGUGAUGAAGACUCCUUGAGGUGCAGUAGUAAUGCCAGCAGGAGGUUGAGUCUGAUUAAAAAGCUCAAGAAAUGGCCUCUUACUGAUGAAGAUAUUAACCAGAAUUACGCCAGGCGGCACUCCAUUAGCGGAUCAAAAUGUUUUGCUGAAGACUUGAAGAUCAACAUGAGAAGACAAUCUGAUGGGUUCAUUUGUUUAAAAGAAGUGGGGAAGGAAACUGAGCCUCAUGUUUUCCAGGAUAGAGUGACAGCCUCUUUGUCUUCUUCUUCAGAGGUUGAGAGACGAACAUUGCGGGUCCCGAACCCCCCACCUAGAGUGACAGUUCCCAGUGAGCAGAAGAAGGAAAGUUCUGCCAAAGCUCCUCCUCCCCUCCCCCCUCCACCACCACCUCCCCCAAAGGUCAUGGUUAGAAGUAGUACAACAGGAACAGUGCAAAGAGCUCCACAAGUAGUUGAGUUCUAUCACUCACUCAUGAAAAGAGACUCAAGAAAGGAAUCUCUGAAUGGAGUUUGUGAUGUCUCAAACGUUGCUGAUGCUCGAAGUAGCAUGAUUGGUGAAAUCGCGAACCGCUCUUCCUAUUUGCUUGCUAUAAAGGCCGACGUAGAAACUCAAGGGGAAUUUGUGAAGUCCCUGAUAAGUGAAGUAAACAAUGCAACAUUUUUGGACAUUGAAGAUGUUGUUGCAUUUGUGAAAUGGCUUGAUGAUGAACUUUGCUUUCUGGUGGAUGAAAGAGCAGUCCUGAAGCACUUUGAUUGGCCAGAGAGCAAGGCUGACACGUUAAGGGAGGCAGCUUUUGGAUAUAGAGAUAUAAAGAAGUUGGAGAGUGAAGUUUCACAUUACAAUGAUGAUCCUAGAUUGCCAUGUGAUAUUGCGCUCAAGAAAAUGGUUUCUUUGUCAGAGAAGAUGGAGCGCGCCACAUAUAGUCUUCUUCGAUCAAGAGAUUCUUUAACCCGCCACUGCAACAAAUAUCAGAUCCCGACUGACUGGAUGCAUGACAAUGGGAUAUUAAGCAAGAUAAAGCUAGGCUCAGUGAAACUGGCAAAGUUGUAUAUGAAGAGGGUAGCUAUGGAGCUCCAGUGCAAGGGGCCAUCAGAUAAAGAUACUUCCAUGGACUAUAUGCUACUGCAAGGCGUGAGGUUUGCAUUCAGAAUUCAUCAGUUUGCUGGAGGGUUUGAUGCAGAAACCAUGGAUGCUUUUGAGGAGCUCCGCGAUCUUGCUCUUGCUCUUAAUAAGAUGUAGAAGGGGAUAGAUAUUACAAUAUUAGAGUGUAAAGUUUGAUAAACAAGAAGCAGAUUGAAUAUUGCUAGAGAGACCUACCAUCUCAGUAGCAAUCCUUGCAAUAUGUGGCAAUUUUUUGUGGUAUUCUCAUGCCCCCUUUUAUUUAUUUUUUGCUGUACUGUAUUUCUUUGGUUAGUCCAGAUGUAAUUUUUUGUCACUGCAAAGUGCUUUACAUUCAUGACUCAAUCACUGUAUUUCUUGUCAUGAUAUACUUGCCAAUUACUCAACAAUUACUU